AAGACACUUGUGUAUAUUUGAAUGCUUGAAUGAAAGCAGAGUUUUGUGACACAUUAUGGCUACUGCAAAAGCAAAGUCGAACUCUUGACUGUGCCAAAUCUUUGACUUGUCGGGGUUUUUUUUCUGCUUCUCUUCCACGGAGAUCAUGUGCAAAAUCCAAUUUCCCCAUUAAUCUGGUCUGGUGUGGGUCCCGGGAUCUCCACAUACACUCGGGCCUGAUCAAAGUCGGAGGAAAUACCGAGUGACACUGGCUUCAAAUUUCCCCUGGAGACUUCAAAAAGACGCUCAUAAAUAAUCUAGUUGAGAUGGACAAGUCACCUUUAGGUGUUGCUGUGGGAGAACCGGAGUGUUUGAUUUAAAAAAUAAAAUAAAAUAAAAUACAACAAAACCCGUCAGUUCUGAGUUGGCGAAGGAUGAGGUUGUAAGUGACUGGAAAUUAAGUGUGCGUCAUUCUUUGGGAAUGGAGAGAAUUUGACACCUGUGCGUCAUCUUCACCAAAGUAUCAGAUUAUAUAGUGCUUAAGACGAACCGUCCAGUCAUUUUCUGCUGGCUCCUUCAACCUCCGUCCUGCCUUUCUCCAUUAAGAUUUAUUCGCAUUUCUCGAGGAUCGGGACAGACUGUUUUUAUUUUUGUAUUUAUUUGCUUCAGUUUUCUGAAUGCACAGGAUCAAAUCCUGCUCCGGUGCCGUUGGACUGAGGGAGACGCAUCAGCUGGUGGCAGGGAACCCGGAGCUCCGGGUCUGGACCCGAGCCAAAACCUGUCUGGUGUCAAACCAGCCCGAACAGAUACGCCGAGACAUCUCAUUUCUUCCCUUCAUUCCUGAAGCGGCAGCCUGCCCACCCCUUGUGUAAAAGUAUAGCUCAUCACCCGUCUGAUGUGAGGAUCUCUGCGGGGCUAUAAGACGCUCUGCGGAGCCUUCCUCCGGCAGAUCCCCCAUGGCUUUUACUCUCAGAUCGCCCUUGCUCUCACUUCUCUGGACUUUAUCAUACUUGAUUUGUUGGCCCACCGACUUUUUUUAAUCAUUAUAUAUAUCUAUUUUCAAAUGUUUCUCCCAUCCAUGGAAAUGCUCCGUGCAGAUCCAUAAAGAACCAAAUUCUGCUUAAUAUGAACUUUUUGCCAAGUGGAAUAUGUUUUUUUCUAUCUGUAGCAACCUGCUGGAUGACGGCCAAGGUCGAUGCGUCCUGGUGGUACAUGGGCACCCUGGGCUCCCAGAUGAUGUGCGACAACAUCCCUGGCCUGGUGAACAAACAGCGCCAACUCUGCCGCCAGCACCCCAAGGUGAUGCAGGCCAUCGGAGCCGGGAUGAAGGAGUGGAUCUCUGAGUGCCAGCACCAGUUCCGCAACCACCGCUGGAAUUGCAACACAACAGUGAGGGACCACAACUUGUUUGGCCGUCUGCUGCUACGUGGCAGCCGAGAAGUUGCCUUUGUGUACGCCAUCUCCUCUGCAGGAGUGGUGUAUACUUUGGCCAGAGCUUGCAGCCGGGGCGACCUGGACAACUGUUCCUGUGACCCCACCAAGAAGGGCUCAUCGCAGGACUCCAAGGGCUCCUUUGACUGGGGAGGCUGUAGCGAUCAUGUGGAGCACGCCAUUCACUUCAGCCAAAUCUUUGUGGAUGCUAAAGAGAGGAAGGAGAGGGAUGCCCGAGCACUCAUGAACCUGCACAACAACAGAGCUGGCAGGAAGGCAGUGAAGCGCUUCAUGACUUUACAGUGUAAAUGCCAUGGCGUCAGUGGCUCGUGCAGCGUCCGUACCUGCUGGCAGGCUAUGGCCGACUUCCGACGCACUGGUGACCACCUGAGGAGGAGAUAUAAUGGCGCUGUGCAGGUCGCAGUCAAUCAGUAUGGAACUGGCUUUACAGCCACGCACACACACUUCAAACAUCCCAGCAAAAACGAUCUGGUCUACCUGGAAGACUCACCAGACUACUGUAUACGGGACCCUCAGUCAGGGUCUAUGGGCACGGCGGGCCGGCUCUGCAGCCGGGCGUCCCGCGGCUCGGACAGCUGCGAGGUGAUGUGCUGCGGCCGAGGCUACGACACGGCGCGGAUCAGCCGCACCACCAAGUGCGAGUGCAAGUUCCACUGGUGCUGCGCCGUCCGCUGCAGAGACUGCCAGCAGCUGGUGGACGAGUUCACCUGCAAGUCCCACACAUGAUGGGAGCUGCGCCUGCCGUCAGGACGGACAUCUUCAUGCUAACCGGAGCUCUUAAUAUAUUUCUAGGUAGACUUCUGUCACUGUCUGCUGCUCCUGCUAGAAACGUCUCAUUCCUCGACCCGAAGCGGACCAGACUGAUGAAACCAAAGUACUAAAGUAUUUCAGCUUUUUCACGUUCAGCUACUUCACAACCACAAUUGUCAGUGUAUUUUAUUGGGAGUCUAUUAUUUGAAUAUUGCAUAAAAGUGAAAAAAAAUUCUUGCCGGUCAUCUUAGAAAGUGAAACUCGUAUAUUAUAUGGAAUCAUCACAUAGAGCGAUUUAUUCCAAGCCUUUGUUUCUUGUCAUUUUGAUAGUUAUGGCUAACAGAUAAUGAAAACUCCAAAAGUGUCUCAGAAAAUUAGAAAAAAGCUUAAAACAACUGUUCUUCACCUGUAGCCAUAAUUAUUAAAACUGCAACAAAAAAAGGCAAGAAAUAUGGCUCUUUUGCACAAUUUUCUUAUUUUUUUAUUUUUAGAUGUACUUUAGAAGUGUGUUAUCUGUUUGUGAGUGAGUAACUUGGUGGAAGCAGCCGUCCUUCAGUUACAGCUCAGUCUCAUCAGAUCCUCUGUUUUAUUUGAUCUGUUCUGCUGCCUGUUGGACAGUUAAAUGCCGGUUUUAUCCCUCCAGCCGUUUUCCAGAUGGAUAUAUCUUCCCACCAGCUCUACCUUCCCCUUCCCCCCCUCCAACAAUUGUUUUUUUUCUCAUCAUUUUUCCAUAAAAGUCAUGUUUCUAGAGCAUACUUUAACAGAUAUCCUAACCUGAGCUGUGCGUCUCUGCAGCAGCUCCACAACUACAAUGGUCCUACUUUGUUCUCCUUACUGAUGACUGACAGCUGGAGCUGCAGAAAAAAGUUUUGGUAACACUUUAUUUGACAGGUUGUGAAUGAAUUUAUGACUGUUAUCAUGAAGUGACAUGAUUGGGUAAAUUAUGACACUGUUAAUACAAAGUUGACAUUAUUCAAAAAUGUCAUUUUGGCUCAAAUAUUCACAAAGUGAAUAAGACUUUGACAGGUGUUAUGUCAUGUUUAUGACAGGUGUUAUGUCAUGUUUAUGACAGGUGUUAUGUCAUGUUUAUGACAGGUGUUAUGUCAUGUUUAUGACAGGUGUCAUGACAGUCUUAUUCAAAACCCGUCAAAUAAAGUGUUACCAAAGUUUUUCUAAGCAGCAUUAAAUCAGAUGGACUGAAGGUUGAAGUGCGUUCCAGACGUUAGGGGUUUUUUUCUGUUUAUGUUAGAAUUAUGCACAACUUUGUGAUUAAAAUGACAUUGAAGUUUACGGUUGGAAAGUGAUCAAAUUUAAGCAUAAUGAAUACUGGUAAUGAGAUUUGUAGAAGAGAUCUGUUGCUGUCUGGGAAUCCUAAAAGUGACUUUUACUCUUGUAGAUCAGUUAGUAUUUGAUUGACAACCUUUUUGUUUUUUAAAUCCCAGGAAAAUGAAGACAUCCACCUCUCAUUAUCAUCAACAAACUGUUGAGAACAGUACAUCCACAUGAGCGGUCUUUAUAUCUGAGCUCAUGCUGCUGUUUGUUCUGAUCGA